GAUCCCAUGGCCCAUUGCUGGGCCGAAGCUGGUCACUUUAAGCGGAAAUUCUGCAACGUCUGCCGAAAACGGUUGGAUGAUUUGCUCUCCGUAAGAUGCGAAACAUAUAAGCCUGAUGAUAUACCUCUGUGCACACACCGCCCCUACUGCCUGAGUCACUUCCGGCAUUUGGUUUUACGCGUUCAUCUUCCCCGUUCAUCUUCCCUGUUCCAGAGCCCUCCGACUCUCCGCAAACCAAGUGCUCCAACUCCUCUAAGCAUUAACCUUUCCCGUGUUGCCGCCAUUCCUGAGCUACAAUUUACCUUAGGAUUGAUGAGUGGUGGCAUUUUCGGAGGUAGCAACACCAAUUUCGAUUCAUUACGCCCAGGCGCUGGAGGAGUGGCUUCGUCUACAGCCUAUGCAAUGUGCACAGCGGCGAUACGGUCUGCCGCGUGGGGUACCGUGAAUUCGGGCACCGAGCUCGCUUCUUCGGCUCUCCUACCAGAGGAAAGUGAGGGGCUUCGUAACGCGCCCUCAAUCUCUGCCGCCCCACAAGCCCCGUCACUCCCAUUCACAAUCACCCCUCAGACCGACAAACCUGUGCACCACUGGCGCGAAGGAAAUCUCCCGGUCAAUUCAAAAUGUAGCAGUUGCAAGAAAACCUGUUGGUCCGCCGAAUGCCUGACGGGGCUCCGCUGCGAGUGGUGCGGUGUGACAGUGAGUUGGCAGUAUUUCUCUAUAGUGAUCACGAGGCAAAAACUGCAAGUCCACUACACCUGCUUCCGAAACCUUCCCGUGGAAUGCAACUACGGCCCCCUAAGGGAUAUAAUGCUGCCUCCGCAAGCUGUCUCAAUCCCCAGAACCAGCCUCCUUAUGGAACAUAUAAUUGGCCUACCGAACACCCAACCAGAUUUCUACCCCGGUCUUUCCUCGCAUAUGGAGGAAUUCAGCAGUGGUGAAAGUUUGGAGGAAUCUGGUUUCGAGCGUCGUGGGAAUCGUGACAAAUCCGACUGUGAUUUUGACGAUUACGUCCGCGUGUAUGACGGCAUGGAUCGUUACAGACGACAUCAGUGUCGAUAUCUUUCGCUGGGAAGAAAUGUUUCUGUACGGAAGGUAGUUGAGCUCUCCUUGAAGGCAUUCAAGCUUCCACCGGACGAAGGAGACCAAUUCUGUCUGGUCGAAAUAAAUGAGCGAGAUGGUGCAGAGCAUCGGUUGGACUCCAACGGUCCAUUCAAACUACAACUUCAGUUCGAAACUCGGCGACCUCAAAUUAUCCUUCGUUGCGUGGAAAGAGAGGAGAAUCGCGACUACAUCAGUGUUUAUCCUGGGUCACUAACCGAGUUCGUCGACAUUAGUGUACCUUCAAUACAAGUGUCAAUAACGCCUGAAACGUCGGCUAAUGAUGUACUUGUGCUUUCUCUUCAUCGCUUGGGUGUUGGGCAUUUGGAUGCGAAGAAAUUUAGUUUGGUGGAGACAGUGGUUGACCGCGGAUUGGUGGAACGAGUGCUCCACCCAACGGAUCACCCCUGGGAGAUUAUCGAUAGCGCUCGAGUAGAGUCUGUUCGCACCCUGAGGUUAACUCGUUUUUACAUUCGCUCCGUGAAGGACCCCUGUGGUCAAGGUGUCUCUCUGUUCGUUGGAAACCUUAAAAAAGGUCUCAGCCAACGGCUGUACGAAAUCAUUCUGCUGGAACGAUUAGGAAGUCAGAAUAAAUGGGACUCCAUUGAGGUAAUAUACUACGACUUUGGAAGCCUUGUGGCAAUUUAUUCGAAUGCGGAGAAAGCAGAUGAGGCUUAUCGGUUGCUAAAAAAUAGCACAUUUGAGGAUCGACCAAUUUUGGCAAUGAUCCUGCCUCGGAUACAGCCAGAGCACAUACUCGAUGGAACUCAACCACUCCUCGUAUUCGUGAACGUAAAAUCAGGUGGAUGUCAGGGCCUUGACCUGAUCACGUCUUUCCGCAAGCUCCUCAAUCCGCAUCAGUCGUUAAUUGUGGCGUUUGUGGUCUCUACUAGCUUCAUCGGUUUCUACUCUCUCCCGCCAGUUCAAAAGUACGUCUGGCCCCGAUCACACAGUGCCAGCAUGGCUCUCCUUCUUUUCAAUGCAACAUGCAUCCUUAGCAUGUCUUCCGCGAUACCUCUUCAAGCUAGCCUUCUGGGUUUGGCGACUCCAUCCUUUCCACCUGUCUAUUACCAUUCCUCCUCCUGGAAUAGUCUGGAGGGCUUCUGUAGACCCUCAAACGAACCAUGUGGUCAACCAGUACGGUUCUCUUCUGUCCCUUAUUACACCGAAAAGCUCCCACAGUCCGUGUCAGCCAACGAAUAUCAACUCGACUCGUUUCCUUUAAAGAAGGAAGAAAUGACCAGGUACCGGCCCCUUGAGUUCCCACAACCACCACAUGUGCCCCCGACAAAGCCGUCCGCAAUAGUCGCUUCUUCCCCAGGUCGCGGUGUAGUGAUGGUGUUACUGUAUAACCUGGGCUUUAUCGGAAUUUGCUGGUGGCUCUUUCGUCGACACGCGGGAGACCUCAUAAGGGUCAAUGAGCAUAUCGCCUCAUCGCGAGUAAUCGUCGUGCAGUGUUGGUGGUGGUGGUCGGCAAGGCGCAGCUAG